GUCCUUGAUCCUAGAAGGACUUUGAGCCCGCACUUAGAAACAGCAAUAUACUAAAUCCCAAUUUCCGACUGGCAUACGUGCGCCGUCUCGGAGGAAAGUGGCUUCAGACAACGUAUCGCCGUCUGAGCGGAGGGAGGAGGAAGAAGAAGGUCGCGCAAUAGUGUGGGAAUCUGCAGCUUCAGACGACGAGAUGCCAGCAACUCGCCCAUCGAGCCAGCGCUCAGCAAGCGGUCGUUCCCACCACCAGCCUUUACUCAAAGAUGACCGUCGGGGCCGACAACCCAGCCUCAUGCCUACCCUGGAUGGUCACGAAGUAGGACAUGCUGCUAGGAGGACAACAUUCAGAAGUAGAACCCCAGUUUAUGAUGCUAAAAAUGCGACCCGCAAGAAAUACAUCUAUGCCUCGGGAUUUUUACUUUUGAGCCUGAUUAGCUUCACCGUCCAGACGGAGACGGCUUCAUAUAUCACAAAUGAGCUGCACUGGAACAAUCCAUACUGCAUGCUCUAUAUCACCCACGGUUCCUGGGUAGUCCUCUGGCCAAUCCAACUUUUAAUCCUGCGGCUCCAGAAACGACAGCUCUCUUGGGAAGCGUUUUGGCGGCGCCACGUAUAUCUCCUCCGGACGACCGCCCAGAUGGUGGAGUCUGCCGAUCUGCAUCUCACGCAGCGCGAUUACCAUCGCUCUCCGGUACCAUAUAUGCUCAAAACGACUGCAUUCGUCACGACGGCGCUCACUAUUGCGGGGGGUUCGUGGUACUUAGCAGUUAACAUGACAACUGCAAGCGACCUGACCGCCAUUUACAACUGUUCUGCCUUCUUCGCAUAUGCAUUUUCCGUCCCUCUAUUGGGAGAUAAAUUUAGAUUUGACAAGGUGUUUUCGGUCAUUGUGGCCAUCAUUGGCGUUCUUGUGGUCGCCUAUGGGGACAGCAGUCCAGAGAAGGGUGACGGUGCUGCUGGACAGCAGCAAAACAGGCCGCUGGGAAACAUUAUCAUUGGAAUUGGAAGCGUGUUGUAUGGUUUGUACGAGGUGCUGUACAAAAGAUACGCAUGCCCGCCAGAGGGGACCAGCGCAGGGCGAAGUAUGAUCUUCGCCAACACUUUUGGCAGUCUUAUCGGAGCUUUCACUCUCCUCGUGCUCUGGGUUCCCCUGCCAAUCCUGCAUGUUCUCGGAUUCGAAAAGUUCAGUUUCCCUACAGGCGAAGUCGCUCGGGUUCUCUUAAUUUCCGUUAUCGCCAAUGCUACAUUUUCCGGUUCCUUCCUCGUUCUUAUAUCUCUAACAUCACCUGUCCUAUCCUCCGUGGCCGCUCUCCUCACCAUCAUCAUUGUUGGUGUAGCCGACUGGCUCCGCACCAGCAAGACACCCUCCGCGGCAUCCUUCAUUGGCUGCAUCUUAAUCAUCAUCGCAUUCUUGCUUCUAAGCUGGAGCACGUAUCGAGAACUGGAAGAAGAACGGAGAAGACGCCUUUCAGACGUUGGAGUCGACUCUGAUAGUGAUGAUGAGUAAUUUAU